AUGGAUGAAUAUCCAGCCAGUGCUCUCCACUAUGGGCACGUAGGACGAGCUGUCUACCUUCCCGAGGAGGAGGACUGGGCAUUUACUCGCUCUUUUGAGAGGCCUCCGUCUAUCCAGUAUACUGGAGUGACAAAGACAAGAAUCCAAUCGCCGUUUCCUCCAGCCAAAGCUCGACCAAUACCUAGGGUACCCCAGAAAAACCCCAGGAAACUGAUCACAGAUGCGUAUCCGGAGUUGGCGGCAUCAUGGUUCUCCAUUCGCGAGGAGCCUUUGUCGAAAGCUGUUAUGAAAACUGUCGAACACUAUGAUCCAGAGAUAUCUGCGCUUUUCGAUAUCGGUUAUGCGGUGGACCAAAGGCGUCAUGACAAAAGGCUGCGCUCAAUUCCAAUCGCGGUGGCUGUGGCUGGAGAAUGUCGAAAUAUUAUUUCAUUUCGAACGCUGGAAGAGGAAAUUCUGGAAUUGAACUCUCCAAAUAAGCUGGCGUUUCGCGCCCCAUCGAUCAGUGAUGCUGAAAUGUCUGAAUGGUCGAAAGGUGGCGCGCCAAUACGUCAAGUACAUUUUGCGCGCCCCUUGGAUGAGAAGCCUGUGUUCAUGGCUGCUCGUCUCUCCAAAGGGACUACGAUAUUCCGACCUCUUUACCAUUGGGAUCCUGUGCCCAUGCGCUUACCGGAAGGCGCUAUUCCAGGAUACACUAGCCCUUUACGGAACUCCCGGCUAGAUGCGAAUCCAAUCGUGGAGAUACCUGCAUCGCGAACAGGUGGCGUCUCACAUGCUCAUGUGACAUUCAACCCCUGGUAUCAGAGACAAUUCGCCAUUGUAGAUACCAGAGGCAAGUGGAGCGUCUGGGAGAUCACCGGCAGGCAGCGACUUCAGCAGGCUACUUGGUCUGCCGAGCGUGUCAAAUCAGGCUCGUUGCCUUUGCGGGAUUAUAAGCGAAAACACAGGUGCCCUCGGCUUGAUGGCUGGGCAUCUAUCGAGUGGGUCCAUAAUGUUGGCUCGGUGCUUGUCGCCAAUCGUCACAGUGUGAUAAUCUAUGCCAUCACAGACGACCAGAUUCAGCCACGCACGGUCGAAUUGGGGAUGGCAAAGCAAUCCGAGUGGGUUUUGGGCGUUCAAAGAAACACACGCAAGCCAUCACAGUUCUUCGUCCUGACAACCACUCGAAUCUUGUGGUUUGAUCUUGGAGCACUACCCGGCGAGGAUGAUACAAGUCUUUCCCUAUAUCCUCAAGUGUCCUGGAGGCAUUUUCGAGACCCCGAAGACACAACUUUACAACUUAGCGACAUAGUCGUAUACCAAGAUUUGUAUCUGGUUCUAUAUUCCCAUAUCACUCAGUUGGUACAUGUAUUUCCAUGUCCCUUUAUAUCCGACGAUAGGACCGAGUCUGUAUCUGUACCUGACCCCCUGGUACUCGAUGUGCCCCUGCUGGCGGAGAUACCGUCCACUAAACGCGAUUCUGUCGUGCGGUUCUCGAGAUUUGUGUUUAGAGAGAUUGCCCACUCCGUUACACCCAUGGGUAGGAAAUUCUAUAACGCCCACUUGCCAUUGAUCAAGCUUUUCUGGAUGGAUUCCGAUUUUGCCGUCCACGAAUCUACUUUUAUGGGUCCGCGCGGAGAUCUUGACGAGUCGGACUUGUUUCGAGAAAAUAGUGUCUUGCGGUUGAGAAGGCGUUAUGCUCCGACAUCUUACAUCAGACCCACUGAUGACUUUCUUGUUGACGAUUGGGACGAAUCAGCGAUACAGAAAAGGAUUGUUCGUCGUUGCAAGCCCCAAAUGGGCCGUGUCAAUACAAGGUCAGCCUUGCAGUGGACCUUGGAUUUUUCUGGCGUCUACAAAAUAGCCACGGGGCAAAUGGAAAUCCGUCAGAAAAAGCAAAAGAAGAGACAAAGGCCGAAGACAAGGACCCUUGCUGGGUGGAUGGCAAUUUUACAAAACGAAAUGAAAAAUGGAUCGAAGCGACCUCCAGGCAAGACCAUGGUGGAACUGACGGGCAGGAGAAUUUUGGCAGAGGACCUUGAUGAAAGUGCAGAUGGUGUGAAACGACUCAUUUCAGCGCUCAUGCCCGAACACCCGAAUCCCGAUGCCCAGUGUCGGUAUAUGCUUCUGCCACUCCCAGUACCAAACAGGGGGUAUGGUAUGCCAGCCAAAAUCUCAGGCAAAGCAGACAGGGAUCUUCUCAAAAGCUAUGAUCGAAUGGUCAAUGAUUGGAUGUCUACCCUGCCCCGUGUCAUUCCCGUACAGACACGACUCAUGAAAGAGAGACUCAUUCGAGGAGUUGCUGCCGAUCUCAUCCUUUCACGCCUGAUCAAAAUGUCUACCACAUUGGAUAGCGCUUUACUCUCCAAGCCUGCAGAUCCCAGUCAGGACAGAGCCAAUGAAAAGGCAAAUGAGAAAGCCGCGGCACAUAACAAAUACCUGCAAUCGACCUACUUCGCAUUAUUAUCCUCACAGAUGUCUGGCAGCCAGUCCAAGGCCAAAAGCCGAAGCGUUGGAUCCAGACGGGAGACGAUCCCAGUUCAGCAAUCCAAGUACUCCGCAGUUCCAGUCUUUGGUGGUAUCUCAGCAUUCGUCAAAUUUAAGAAGACUCCACGCCCACCAGCACGAAAUGUGGCAAACCUCCUCUCCCACUGGCCGGUGGGAACCAGUCCCAAACACUAUGAAUGGGAGAGGAUUGAAGACGAGGAGACGCGGAAUUCCAAGGCGCGCACUUCCAAAAGCAAACGGAAGAAGCGCUCUCAGAUUCGUGAUCAAUCCCUCCCUCCGACUCCGGCAGUCCCUCUGGUCCGAACAUGGGGCAGUCAGCCCCUGGAACCUCACAUUAACAGUAGUCAGGCUAUGGAUAUUUCGAUGACCCAGAUGGAACGAGGAGCAUUUGGAGCCCGCGCCCCUAAGAAACCCAAAAAAAAGAAGCGACAAGCUGGAUUUUAG